AUCUUCUCGGGCAUCCCGACUCCGGCGCUACACAAACUCCGAGCCGGACCCGGGGGAACCUCUCCGGCGGGGCGGCACGCCGUCUCUUCCUGGACGUGGCCGCGUGCCCCGCGGAGCUGCGGAGAGCUCCAGGCGUGCACCUGCCAACUCUCCACCUUCUGCACCUGCCAGCCCCGCCGCGCGCGCGCGCACGCGCCAACGAGCCCCCGGAGCGAGCCAUGGCCAACGCGGGGCUGCAGCUCUUGGGUUUCAUCCUAGCCUUCUUGGGCUGGAUUGGAGCCAUCGUCAGCACGGCCCUGCCUCAGUGGAAGAUUUACUCCUAUGCGGGCGACAACAUCGUGACCGCCCAGGCCAUGUACGAGGGGCUGUGGAUGGCCUGCGUGUCGCAGAGUACCGGGCAGAUCCAGUGCAAAGUCUUCGACUCCUUGCUGAAUCUGAAUAGCACCUUGCAAGCCACCCGUGCUUUGAUGGUGGUGGGCAUCCUGCUGGGGCUGAUAGCAAUCUUUGUGUCCACUGUUGGUAUGAAGUGCAUGAAGUGCCUGGAAGAUGAUGAGGUGCAGAAAAUGCGGAUGGCUGUCUUCGGGGGCAUGAUAUUUCUCUUAGCAGGUCUGGUGAUUUUAGUUGCCACAGCAUGGUAUGGCAAUAGGAUUGUUCAAGAAUUCUAUGACCCUAUGACUCCCGUCAAUGCCAGGUAUGAAUUUGGCCAGGCUCUCUUCACUGGUUGGGCUGCUGCCUCUCUUUGCCUUCUGGGAGGUGGCCUACUUUGCUGCUCCUGUCCUCGUAAAACAACCUCUUACCCAACACCUCGGCCUUAUCCCAAAGCUGCACCUUCUAGUGGGAAAGACUACGUGUAAUGGUGGCGAAAGGAGACAAUCCUGUUGGAUAAACACGAAAAUGAACAUUGAAAUACUGUCACUGACAUUAACAUCUUAGACUUUUGACUGCGGUAUUACAAAAGAAAGGUUAUUUUUAUAAAUGCCCAUUGCUAGAGGUGCCUUGGUCGUACCCUAACCUCUUUCUUCAAUACAGCCAUUUGUAUGGCUGCUUCCCAGUGAGUGAUCACACUCAAAGAGGGGAAGGGUGUGUCCCUUAAAUAUGUACAGAUAUGUAUAUUGGCAUUUUCCUAUGAAAUUAGGUAGGAAAAUCCUCAUACUCUCUAUAUGUUGGUAUUAGCAUACUUAAAAGUCUCUCUAACAUAGAAAAGUAGAUAUCAUUCUCAGUUGUUUAAAUAAGGACUCUACUGGCAUCCUAGCCUUUCUCCUUGCUAUAUACAUAUAUAAUAAGUCAUAUAUCACUUACUACGUUAAUCAGACCAAACAACUUUACCAAGAAUGGAUUCUUUCUAUUCUUCAUGUGUACCCUUUCAUAUGUGUUUAAGAUUCAUUUUUACCCUGAACCCAUAGCAGUUGUUCCAUCUGGACCUUAUUUUUUAAUGAUUGUUCUUUUGCUCCUGAUAAUGCAUCGCAUACCCCAUUUGAAUACCUUAAACCCAAUGACAAAUCUUACAGACCAGAGCUGUGGAGCAAACUUCUGCACAACCAAAUGUUUUCCUAUUUACUUAUUUACGUUCCCACGUGCUCCUUGUACUCUGACCCCUAACACUCUUGUUUGCUAUGAAAAUAUUUGUUUCAUCAAGUAGCCCAUCCUGGUGGUACAACACAAUUUUGGUGAUUAAAAAAUAAUUAAGGUAGUUAUUCACAUCUCUGUAUCCCACAAACUACCUUUGUCUUGCUCCUCAGCUGCAGUUUUCCAUAUGUAAUUACCGUGUGGUUUACUUCUUCCCAGAGGGGUGUGGUCUGUUUAUCUGAACAAAGGGCUAGACUGGCUGGAGCAAUAAUCUGGUGACAAAUAUUCUCUCUGGAGCUGUGAGCGAGUCAUUUAAUCUUUAUACCUCUUUUCCCAUCUGCCAAAUUGAAAUAAUUACACUUAACCAGCUGGUAAGGGUAAUGUGAGUAUUAAUUAGUUGAUAUGACUCUCAUACUUUGAACAUGAAAUAUGCCUAAGUAGUGUUUUUCUGUGCUCAAUGGGCAGUUUUGAAGUCACAGAAUGAAACCACACACCUUGUUUUUUGUUAUCUUCCUUUAUCUCCAGGUCAACUUCCUUUCUUUCAGUGAUGAUGGUGCCCUGUUCCAUUCUAGCAAUGGCUGUCACUUUUCCAAGCUGUAGUAAAGGCUCUUUCUCCUGAACUAAAUAAUAUAAUGAAAAGGGUGUUGGCUUUGUUGUUUGAAGUUGUUGGCUUUGAAUCUUGGUGCUAUCAAUUACUGAGUUUAAGCAAGGCAUUUGGCUGCCCUAAAUUUAUUGCCUCAUCUAUGCAAAGAGUUUGUAAUUCCUGACCCAUCUGCACCACAGAGCUGUCACUGGGACUCAGUGAGAGAAUACGUGUAAAUUUAGUUUAGUGAAGUAUAACAUGGUUAUAUACCAAGGGAGGAAAGAAGGUAUUUGAGUACAUAGAGUUUGGAGCUACUUUUCAAAUUAUAAAGAGAGACAUGUGGACAAAUGAGCUUCUUGCCUUGAUUAGUCUCUCAAAUGAUGAAGUACUCCUAAUAAGAACCCAAGGGAAAGCUGGUCUGUACACCAUAGCGAGCAGAGGCCCACCUCUGUGUAAGUGCAUUGGUAUCUGACUGCCAUUGUUCAACCAGCUGUGAUAUCCCCCUCCUACAUUUAGCACUGUCCUCUGUAGGCCUAGAUCCUGGUAAAAUUCAUCUCACUGAACACAAUGGAUUCUAAGACAGUUUUAGUUUCUUCAAUCAAUAUGGACUGAGGGCUUUUGUGGCUAAGCAGAUGUAAUGGGGAAAGAAACAUAAGUGUUGGCAAAGCCAAUAAAGACUAUGGGAGACUUUUUUGAAUUAUAUCUUGCAAGAGGAUCUAGGUGCUAUUUGUUAAUGUUACCUUCCAGGUUCUUUGUUAUCAGAUAGUAGCUAGUAUUGCUACAACAGAUUGGGAAUUGUACUUGAUGAUAAAACAGGAUGGAAUGAGUUAGUCAAAGGAUUGAGUCUGAUGAGAACUUAGACCUAGUAACCUCAAAUCUGUCUAUGAUUCUAGGAGUUAACAUUUAAAAAGCUUUUACUGCAUUCACAGAACCUAAUGACAUGCUCAUGUAAAUGAUAUAGAGAAGUGUUCCCGUUCACAAAAUAAUCUGUAGUCCAAAAACGAUUCAUCAGAACUUUUUUAUGUAAGAACUUAUUCAGUUUUGAUAUUUUUAUACCCUGCCAUCACACCAGAAACAAUCCACUUGAUUUUCGGGGGUUUGUAAUGGGGAUUUGUAUAAAGCAUUACUCUUUUACAAUAAAUGUUUUUUUUUUAAU